AUGGCCCAACUCACCCACCCCACCAUCAAAGAUGGCUGGUUCCGCGAAAUCAACCACAUGUGGCCGGGCCAAGCCAUGACGCUCGAAGUGAAGCAGGUGCUGCACCACGAAAAGUCCAAGUACCAGGACGUGCUCAUCUUCGAGAGCACGACGUACGGCAUGGUGCUCGUGCUGGACAACGUCAUCCAAUGCACCGAGCGCGACGAGUUCUCCUACCAGGAAAUGAUUACCAACCUCGCCAUGUUCGCCCACCCGAACCCGAAGAAGGUGCUCGUCAUUGGCGGCGGAGAUGGAGGCGUGUUGCGCGAGGUGGUUAAGCAUGAGUGCGUGGAGGAGGCGACGUUGGUGGAUAUUGAUGAGGCGGUGAUUCGGUUGAGUAAGAAAUACUUGCCGGGGAUGAGUGUGGGGUUCCAGCAUCCCAAGGUGAAGGUGCAUGUGGAGGAUGGGUUCAAGUUCUUGCACGAUCGCAAGGGCGAUUUUGAUGUCAUCAUCACCGACUCCAGUGAUCCCGAUGGCCCGGCAGAGAGUCUGUUCCAGACGCCGUACUUCAAGCUGUUGAACGAUGCGCUGCGCGAUGGGGGUGUGAUUACCACUCAAUGCGAGAACGUUUGGCUGCACAUGCACAUCAUCAAAGAAGUCCGCAAGUCAUGCCAGGAAAUCUUCCCCGUGGCGGAGUACGGGUACACCACCAUCCCCACCUACCCCGGCGGCCAAAUUGGCUUCAUGGUGUGCUGCAAAGACGGCCAGCGGGAUGUCAGGAAGCCGCUGCGCACGCUGAGCCGGCAAGAGGAGGACGAGCUGUUCAAGUACUACUCCAAGGAGGUGCACGAGGCUGCGUUUGCCCUGCCCAAGUUUGCGGAGAAGGCGUUGCGGUGA